GGGCGCUUCGGACGGGAAACGGCGGCAGCGGGCGGAGCGCGGCCCCCCCCCCCCCGGACAAAUCGCCUCCCGAGAGCCGACCGUGGCACCGCCAUGAACCCACGCGGGGCCGUAGGGAGUCUCCUGCGGGUCUUGGGGCGGAGGGAACCCCAACCGCCCCCAGCGGCGCCGCCCCACACGUUCCAGGAGAAAUCGUUCCGGAAGAGGUCGAGAUGCUGCGCCGUCUGUCACGACAGUGUGGGCGCCCAGGGGCUUCUCUGUCGAGUCUGUAAGAUGGUCUCCCACAAGCGCUGCGAAGCCAAGGUGACAUCCCCAUGCCACCCUCCACCCCCUCCUGAGCUGCGGAGGAACACUGCCCCAGUGAGGCACGUCGAGAAGAUGGAUGGCAGCCUGCCCUUCAGCACAGUCCGGCAGCACCGCUCCCUGCCCAGGCUGCCCCCCCCGGCCCCCCCCGCGGAGCUGAGCUACGUGACGGAGCGGAUCAUCGCCGUGCGCUUCCCGGGAGGGGGUGAUGAGCGGCGCUUCCGCGGCCACCUCCGGGAUGUGGCAGCGCUGCUCCGCGCCCGGCACCGCGACGGGUACACGCUCUUCAACCUCUCGGAGAAGCGUCACGACCUCGUCCGCCUGCACCCCACGGUGCAGGAGUUCGGCUGGCCGGACCUGCUGGCCCCCCCCCUGGACACGCUGUGCGCCAUCUGCAAAGCCCUGGAGCGCUGCCUGCGGGCGCUGCCCCCCCGCGUGGCCGUGCUGCACUGCCGGGGCAACAAGGGGAAGGUGGGCGUCGUGGUGGCAGCGUACAUGCAUUACAGCCGCGUCUGUGCCAGCGCCGAGCAGGCUCUGGGCACCGCCACCAUGCAGCAGUUCUGCGAAGAGAGAGUGGGGGGCGACGUGCAGCCAUCACAGCGCAGGUACAUGUUGUACUUUGGGGCGCUGCUGUCGGGCACCGCGCGGGUCAACAGCCGUCCUGUGUUCCUGCACCAUGUGCUGCUGCCAGCGCUGCCCCGAUUCCAGCCUGACUUCCAGCCCUUCCUGAAGCUGUACCAGGCGCUGCAGCUGGUUCACACAUCAGGCGUUUACUCCCCCGGACCACACAGUGUCUGCAUCAGCCUGGAGCCAGCACUGCUGCUGAAGGGCGACGUCCUGGUGCAGUGCUACCAGCGCUGUGGCUCCGGCCGUCGCUCCGUGUUCCGGGCGCAGUUCCACACGGGGGCGCUGCAGGGGGAGCGGCUGCGGCUCGGCAAGGAGGAGCUGGACCUGGCGAGUGGGGAUGAGCGCUUCCCCCCCGACGCCACCGUGGAGCUGCUGUUCUCCUCCGGCCCUGACAAGGUGGAAGGCUGGGCCCCCCCUGGCGGCGCUGUCUGUGUUGAUCUGUGCACGUGGGACCCCGCGGUGCGACGUGAUUCCUUCCACGGCUUCAACCUGCGGCACCAGGACAGCAACGACGGUGAGGAGGGGGCAGCCCCAAAUGGACCCCAGACCCCAUUGCGACCCCAACCCCACAGGGCUCCUCCCCAACGCUGCUGUAUUCCCACAGACCUGACGCAGGUGGGGGGGCCACAGGACAAGAGUCCCCACCCCCCCGUGCAGGACAGGGGGGCUCCCGGGGGCACCCCAUGGGAAGAGGAGCCCCCCACGGCACCGCAGAGCCCCCCCGGGCACCGCCCCCCCCCCACAGCCACCGAGCGCUGGGAGCUGGAGCAGCUGCUGGGGGGCUGCGGGCUGGGGGGGGGGCAGGAGGACAGCCCCCCCGGCGCCCCACAGGGAGCCCCCGUGCCCCAUAGCUGCCCUGUGCCCCAUCGCACCCUGACACCCCACAGCGACACAGAGCCACACAGAGACUCUGUGCCCCAUAGCAUCAUGGCACCCCACAGUAGCCCUGCGCCCCAUAGCAGCCCUGUGGCCCACAGAGACCCUGUGACCUAUAGCACCACGCCGCCCCAUGGAGGUUCUGCACCCUAUAGAGAUCCCGUCCCCCAUAGUAGCUCUGCGUCCCAUAGCACCACAGCAUCCUAUUGCAGCACGGUGCCCCAUAGCGGCGCUGUGCCCCAUUACGCUGCCCCACCCUAUGGCACUCUGCCGCCCCACAGAGACUCCGCGACCCACAGCUGCCCCGUGCACCACAGCGCUGCAGCGCCCUAUAGCACCGUGCCACCUCGUAGCGGCCCCGUGUCCCACAGCUGCUUUGUGCCCUAUAGCACCCUGCCGCCCCACGGCGACCCUGUGCCCCAUAGCACUGCCGCACCCUGUUGCUCCCUGGUGCCCCAUAGCACCCCAACACCCCACAGCCACUCGGUGCUUCAUAGUGCCACAGCACCCCAUAGCAACCCCACAGCCUACACCGUGGCGCUGCUGAAGGCUUGCGAGCCGGGCCGUUCCUCACUCCGGGACAGCACCUCGUCCGGGGGGUUACGGGCUGGCGCUGCGUGUGGCACAGCCCCCCCGGCUGCCCCCCGCGGGGAAAGGGGACCCCGUGAGCAGCUCGUCCGCCACUUCCUGAUCGAGACCGGCCCGAGGGGCGUGAAAAUCCGGGGGGGCGGAGGAGCCGCACUUCGUGGGUCAUGGGGUCAGGGGGGCAAGUAUUGGGAUGCGGAGUCAGUGCGAGGGGGGCAGUGGGGGGGCGGUGUGGGGUGCCGUGUCGUUGCGGUGUGGUACCGGUGCCGCCGUCCCGCAGGCUGCUCGGUGCGGUACCUGGGCUCGGUGCUGACCGAGGCGCUGACUGGGCCCCGCGCGGUGGCGAUGGCUGCGGCCGCGGUGCUGGGAGCGCCGCCCCCCCGCCCUGCACCGCGACUUCCACUGUCCGCCCGCGGCAUCACCCUGACCGACAGACAGCGCAGGCUGUUCUUCCGCCGCCAUUACCCCGUGGCCAGUGUCACCUACUGCAGCACGGACCCCGAGGAGCGAAGGUGGGAGAACGCAGACGGCAGCACCUCCACGAUCUUUGGGUUCGUGGCCAAGCAGGCGGGGGGGGGGGGGCAACGCGUGUCACGUGUUUCUGCUGAGCUGGACCAGCAGCCGGCGGGAGCCAUCGUCAGCUUCAUCCACCAAGGUGAUGCUACGCGCCCCCCCCACUGAAAGACCCCCCCAACAGAACAGCACCGUGGUGAAGGAACACCCCGAGACA